GCGACAUAUUUGUGAUAUUGAACACUACUCACUAGCUCCCAAGCGCACUAUUAAUCGAUCCUCGUGGACAUCGAACUUUCGCCAGACACUUUGAAUCGAGAAAACGACCUUACACACCUCUGCUAUGGCUAAAUUUUUAGUGGACUGCACCGCGUGAAGAUCAAGGGUAAAAACUGAGAAUAUAUUUCUAAACGUUAAAAAAAAAAAACAUUUGCAACGUUCUUGUUAGAACACAUGUAUUUUAUUUUGGGUUGCUAACGCAUUAGCUAAUGCUGAAGAGGUCAAAGCUAACUAGCUAGCUAACCAACUUGAUUUGGUAAAAUAUGGCAUUACGAAAUGCUUAUUAACGCAUGCCAAUCACAUGUGAAACUGGCUUUACAUUCCUUAUGUUCUAAAAUGUACAUGCACCUCUUCUCCUUUUAGGUUGAAAAUGUUCUCAUUUGCAUUGAAGAGGCACUUGAAUCCCUGUGUGGUAAGAGUAAACAUUACAUUAGUUCUGUGACGCCAUAAUAUUGGUCAAUCAUUUGUCAAAUUGAACUGGAACAAAUAGCCAAGAGCAUCUGGGUUCUCUGUAUCAGGAUAGAGGCACAGUGGCCCAGAUCAUGUAAAACCCUACUGAGAAAUGCUUUUGCAACUGUUUUUAUUGUCAGGGUCCAUCCUGCCGAUGGAUGCAGCGGGUACUCUGUGGGUCCAGCUGCAUGGUGAAGAGGGAAUGUUUUUACACCAGUUCCAACCCCUUGUUGGCUCCACAUGUUUCCAUGGUGACAUCACUACUGUUCCCGAGACUAGCUGCCUCCAGGCUUCUGAGCCUCAGGCCCCUGAGCUGCUCUGCCUCUUUGCUUUGCCAGGGUCACCCCGUGCCCACGGCCCCUGGGAGUGGACAGGAGGACCAACAGCGCCUCAGCAUGAAAGCCCUGGCCAAUGCGCCCAAGCCUGCUUUGUACCUCGGCUUCUCCGGCCUCCUUCCAUUCCUGGGCGCCCCACUCCUGAUGGCUGUGACCCAGUCCUACCUCCCAGAGGUGGCCUACGCCCAGGUGGUCUACGGUGCCUCAAUCGUGUCCUUCCUGGGUGGGGCCCGCUGGGGCUUUGCCCUGCCUGAGGGGAGCCCUGCCCAGCCCGACUGGAUGAACCUUGGCAACAGUGUGGUGCCCUCCCUGCUGGCCUGGCUGGCUCUGCUCUGCAGAGACAACAUCACAGAGGGAGCCCUUGUGGUCAUCAUGGGGCUGGGCCUGGCCCUGCACUAUGACCUCACCCUGCUGCCUGGUUACCCCAGCUGGUUCAAAGCCAUGAGAACCAUACUCACUCUGGUGGCUACCUUUUCCCUGGUGGCCACACUGACAUUGCAGAAGAUGUGCCCGGAGAAGAAGAUCAAGGCACAAGAGAAUUGACUAGGUCAUUACUAAGGGAUAUUUAAAGUUAGCACUUAAAAGCUAAAUUCUCUCAAACAGUUAAGUGGAACUGACCAUUGUGGGAUUUGUUCAGUAGGAGCAAACAGGGAGAAAACAUACAAAAAUGGAAGUGGUGCGAUGCAACAUUAACUUUUCCAAUAAAAACAGACAUUUUCACACA